UUAUCAAUGUCACCACACCGUGGAAGGAUGGUCACGGUAUUGCUUGGAACAUUGCUCCUACUAGCACCAGCAGUGUCAGGUGCUGGUUGUCCCAAUGGCUAUACCCAGUUUGAGGAAUCCUGCUACUUUCACCACCAUCAGAAGAUGACCUUCAUUAAAGCAUCGGUAUAUUGCCGACAGCACCAAGGACAUUUGACCGAGAUUGAAACAGCAGAGGAAGGUGUAUUUGUGAAGGCAUUCCUGAAGGAAAAGAUUAUUAGCAAUGGUGUCUGGUUAGGAGCUAACGACAUUCGGUUUGAAGGCUACUAUGUGUGGGACAAGUCGGAGAACCCACUGAACUACACGGAUUGGUACCCUGGAGAGCCAAACCAGAAGACUGACGAGCAGGACUGCAUGAGUAGCUGGAAAUCGGAGGGGUAUCAGUGGGCAGAUCACUACUGUAACCACCCUGACCUCGAGCCAUUGUGUGAGACAGAGGUAACAAAAUGUAGCUGAGUAAAACAAAAUGGAUGAUUGUCUUACUGCUGGAAUAAAGGUCGCGAUUUA